GGGGUGCACUUUGACGAGCCCCCCACUUCUUAAGUCUGCACCCCAGUAAGUCAGCAGCAAGAGCCGGGUGUCCUGGAGCGAGGCCCCUCCUGAGCCAGGGGCGCAGCGCCGGGGAAACGGGGUACACUGUACACGGGGCCCCCACUUCCCAAGUCCUGCACCCCAAGAAGUCAGCAAGAGCCCGGGAGCCCCGGGCGAGACCCCUGAGCCGAAGACGCGCGGGGGGCGGGGCGGCACCGUGCACGAGCCCCUCGCCCCCCCCCCCCCCGCGGCUGCAGCGCCCCCUCCGGGCGGCGGCUCGGCGUGGCGGCGGCUCGGCGUCUCCGCGGCCGCUGCGGGGCCGCUCCAGGCCGGGUUUUGGCGCCGCCCGCCGCCCGCCGGCGGCUCUGAACUCCAGCCCCCUCGCUCGCUCGCGAGCCGCCGCUCACUCCGUCUCAAUAUGUCUCAAGAUGGCGGCCAAUGCGGGAUCGAUGUUCCAAUAUUGGAGGCGCUUUGAUCUGCCGCAGCUGCAGAGGGAACUGGACGCCACCGCCACAGUGCUGGCCAACCGGCAGGAUGAGAGCGAGCAGUCGCGCAAGCGGCUCAUCGAGCAGAGCCGCGAGUUCAAGAAAAACACACCAGAGGAUCUCCGCAAGCAGGUAGCGCCGCUGCUCAAGAGCUUCCAAGGAGAGAUUGACGCACUGAGUAAAAGGAGCAAGGAAGCCGAGGCCGCCUUCCUAAACGUCUACAAAAGGCUCAUAGAUGUCCCAGACCCCACGCCAGCCCUGGACCUGGGGCAGCAGCUCCAGCUGAAGGUGCAGCGGCUACACGAUAUUGAGACGGAGAACCAGAAGCUGCGGCAGACGCUGGAGGAUUACAACAAGGAGUUUGCCGGUGUGAAGAGCCAAGAGGUCACGAUCAAAGCACUUAAAGAGAAGAUCCGGGAGUACGAGCAGACACUCCAGAACCAGGCGGAGGCCAUCGCUCUGGAGAAGGAGCAGAAGCUACAGAAUGACUUUGCAGAUAAGGAGAGGAAGCUGCAGGAGACACAGAUGUCCACCACCUCAAAGCUGGAGGAGGCUGAGCACAAGGUGCAGUCGCUGCAGACAGCUCUGGAGAAAACGCAGACAGAGCUAUUCGACCUGAAAACCAAGUUCGAUGAAGAGAUCACUGCCAAGGCCGACGAGAUCGAGAUGAUCAUGACAGACCUGGAACGAGCAAACCAGAGGGCAGAGGUGGCCCAGCGCGAGGCAGAGACUCUGCGUGAACAGCUCUCAUCUGCCAACCACUCCCUGCAACUGGCCUCACAGAUCCAGAAGGCGCCUGACGUGGAACAGGCCAUCGAGGUGCUGACCCGCUCCAGCCUGGAAGUGGAGCUGGCGGCCAAGGAGCGGGAGAUUGCACAGCUGGUGGAGGACGUGCAGCGGCUCCAGGCCAGCCUCAGCAAGCUGCGAGAGAACUCGGCCAGCCAGAUCUCCCAGCUCGAGCAGCAGCUGAGCGCCAAGAACAGCACGCUCAAGCAACUAGAAGAGAAGCUCAAAGGUCAGGCUGACUAUGAAGAGGUGAAGAAGGAACUCAAUAUCCUGAAAUCCAUGGAGUUCACAGCGGCUGAGGGAGCUGGGACACAGGAUGCCUCCAAACCCCUGGAGGUGCUGCUGCUGGAGAAGAACCGCUCGCUGCAGUCCGAGAACGCCGCACUUCGCAUCUCCAACAGCGAACUGAGCGGGUCAGCCAGGAGGAAAGGGAAAGACCAGCCUGAAAGUCGGCGUCCUGGAACUUUGCCGGCCUCCCCUCCUUCUCAGUCACCCCGAAACCCGGGGGAGCAGGCUGCCAAUACUAAUGGUACCCACCAGUUCUCAGCGGCCGGGUUAACACAAGACUUUUUCAGCUCAGCCCUGGCCGGCCCCAGCCUGCCCCUGGCUUCUUCCUCGGGAAAAUUUGCACUAAACUCUCUCCUCCAGCGACAGCUAAUGCAGUCUUUCUACAGCAAAGCCACACAGGACUCAGGCAGCACAGGCCUGGCUUUCCCAACAGGUCCCUACAGCACAAACCCCACCUCCUCCCCAAGCCCGUUACAGCAGAGCCCCGAUGUGAACGGCCUGGCCCCAUCCCCCAGCCAGUCCGAGGGCACAGGCAGCACCUCUGAGGGUGAGGAGAUGGACACAGCCGAGAUCGCCCGGCAGGUGAAGGAACAGCUUAUCAAGCACAACAUCGGCCAGCGCAUCUUCGGCCACUACGUGCUGGGCCUGUCGCAGGGCUCGGUGAGCGAGAUCCUGGCACGGCCCAAGCCCUGGAGCAAGCUGACUGUCCGGGGCAAGGAGCCUUUCCACAAGAUGAAGCAGUUCCUCUCGGACGAGCAGAACAUCCUGGCACUGCGCAGCAUCCAGGGCCGGCAGAGAGAGAAUCCAGGCCAGAGCCUGAACAGACUAUUUCAGGAAGUUCCGAAACGAAGAAAUGGGUCUGAAGGUAACAUCACCACCCGGAUCAGGGCCUCAGAGACUGGGUCUGACGAAGCCAUCAAGUCCAUUCUGGAGCAGGCCAAGCGGGAGCUUCAGGUCCAGAAGACGGCAGAGCCAGCCCAGCCCUGUGCGGCCCCAGGCAGCGGCAGCUCGGAUGAUGCCAUCCGCUCCAUCCUGCAGCAGGCGCGCCGGGAGAUGGAGGCGCAGCAGGCCGCGCUGGAGCCCACCCUCAAGCCAGCGCCACUGCCCCAGCCUGACGCGGGCCUUCUGGCCCCCAAGCUGCUGCCCACCUCGCCCCUGCCCCCCACGGCUGCCUUCGCCCCGCUCGCUGUGUCCCUCAAGAAGCCCCCCACAGCCCCCGAGCCCCCCGGGCUGAAGAAGGAGGCGCCCCCAGACACUCCUGGGCUGGACGCUCAGGGCCCCGCCGAGGUUCCCCCAGGUGUGCUGCGCCUGGGUAAGGGGGGCGCCUGGAAGGACCCCUGGUGGAGCACUGCACCCCCUGAGCGCAAGGCCACGCCGGCUCCCGACGAUGCCAAGGCCACGGAGGAGACCCCAGGCAGUUGCAAGGACAAAGGGGGUGGCCCCAGCAGGGCGGAUCGAGGCCCCCUACCCGCACCCCCAGCCUCCUCGUCUUCCUCCUCCACGGCAGCAGCCGCAGGGUCUGAGUACUGGAAGGACUGGCCAUGUGCCGAGUCGCCCUACUCCCAGAGCUCGGAACUGAGCCUGACCGGCGCCAGCCGCAGCGACACCCCGCAGAACAGCCCGCUGCCCGCAUCACCGCUUGUGCCCCUGGGCAAGGCCACCAAGCCUGCUGUGCCACCACUUACGCCUGAGCAGUACGAGGUCUACAUGUACCAGGAGGUGGACACCAUUGAGCUGACCCGCCAGGUCAAGGAGAAGCUGGCUAAGAACGGCAUCUGUCAGCGCAUCUUUGGGGAGAAGGUGCUGGGCCUGUCCCAGGGCAGCGUGAGUGACAUGCUGUCACGGCCGAAGCCGUGGAGCAAGCUGACGCAGAAGGGCCGCGAGCCCUUCAUCCGGAUGCAGCUCUGGCUCAAUGGUGAGCUGGGCCAGGGCGUCCUGCCUGUGCAGGGCCAGCAGCCAGGGCCAGUCAUCCACUCUGUGACGUCACUCCAGGACCCCCUGCAGCACGGCUGUGUGAGCUCAGAGAGCACCCCAAAGACUUCAGCCAGCUGCAGCCCUGCGCCUGAGUCACCCAUGAGCUCCAGCGAGUCGGUCAAGAGCCUGACGGAGCUGGUGCAGCAGCCCUGCCCCGCCAUCGAGACAGGCAAGGACGGCAAGCCCCCCGACGCCGGCGACGCGCCCGCCCCUGACUCCCAGCCCGCCACCCCGCUGCCCCUUUCUGGACACUCGGCCCUCAGCAUCCAGGAGCUGGUGGCCAUGUCCCCGGAGCUGGACACCUACGGCAUCACCAAGAGGGUGAAGGAGGUGCUGACGGACAACAACCUCGGUCAGCGCCUGUUUGGGGAGUCUAUCCUGGGGCUGACCCAGGGCUCCGUCUCCGACCUGCUGGCCCGGCCAAAGCCCUGGCACAAGCUCAGCCUGAAGGGCCGGGAGCCCUUCGUCCGAAUGCAGCUCUGGCUCAACGACCCCAACAACGUAGAGAAGCUCAUGGACAUGAAGCGUAUGGAGAAGAAAGCCUACAUGAAGCGACGGCACAGCUCGGUCAGUGACAGCCAGCCAUGCGAACCCGCGCCUGUGGGCCUGGAGUACAGCCAGGGCGCUAGCCCGCAGCCCCAGCACCAGCUGAAGAAGCCGCGCGUGGUGCUGGCACCCGAGGAGAAGGAGGCACUGAAGCGGGCCUACCAGCAGAAGCCAUACCCCUCUCCCAAGACCAUCGAGGAGCUGGCCACGCAGCUCAACCUCAAGACCAGUACGGUCAUCAACUGGUUCCACAACUACAGGUCCCGCAUCCGCAGGGAGCUGUUCAUCGAGGAAAUCCAGGCGGGCGCGCAGGGCCAGGCCGGCGCCAGUGACUCCCCGUCGGGCCGCCGGGCGGCGCCCAGCUCCGAGGGCGACAGCUGCGACGGCGCCGAGGCGGAGGCGGAAGCGGAGGCCGAGGUGGAGGCCGAGGCCGAGGCCGAGGCCGAGGCCGAAGCUGAAGCCGAGACGGAGGCGGACGAAGAGCCGGGCGGCGCGGCCCAGUCUCAGGGAGGGGCGGCCGAGAGGGGCCCCGGGGGGCUCGGGGACCGGCGCGGGGAGGCCGGACCGCCCCAGGAGCCCCCGCCGCCGCCCGCACCCCCCGUGCCCCCCGCGGAAGACGCCGCUACCUCGGGCCGCCGGGCCCGCUCGCUGCAGAGCCUGUUCGGCCUCCCUGACGCGGGGGGCGCCCGGGACCCCCGCGACAGCCCGCUGCGCAAGAAGAAGGCCGCCAACCUCAACAGCAUCAUCCACCGCCUGGAGAAGGCCGCCAGCCGCGACGAGCCCGCCGAGUGGGAGUUCUGAGCCCCCCACCCCCACCCCAGGGUCCCGGACCCAGGGCAGAGCGCCCUCCCCCCGCACCGCCCCCGCCCGGCCGGGCCUGCGGGGCCGGGGCCCUCUGCGCCUGCGCACUUCCUGCCCUGCGGGCCACAGGGCGACACCGCCAUAGGCCAAGGUGCAUAUAGACACUGGAGCAGUAAGCCCAACCCGUGCCGUGUUUUUCAAGGAAGAAAACGGAAAAAAACGUGUAGUCCAGCUCUUUUGUACCCUCAAGUGUUGGUUUUCUUUUUUCUUUUCUUUUUUUUUUUUUUUUGGUUUUUUUUUUUAAAUGCCGGAAGUGAUUUCCACGAGUUCUGGAAUAACUCUUUGCCUUGUGCCCUCCUCUUCUGUGUGGGCUUAAAACACACACACACACACACACACACACACACACACACACACACAAAGACAGGAAGAAAAAGAAAGCAGUCAAACCCACAUAGUAAAAGGGGACUUUUUAACCUGCCAUCUAAUGGCUUCCGAGCGAUAAUACACUAUUAUCUUCUUAAACCAGGAAAAAUAAAUAAAUAAAUAAAUAAAGGGGGGAGGGAGGGGAUUUUUUUCAGAAAAAAAAAAAAAAGAAAAUUUAAAAAGAACGUUUUUGUAGCUGUCGAGUUGCCACUAAGAGAUUGCACAGUCACACCGACUCUAAACACACUAGUUUGGAUCCCUGAAUAUUUUCCAAGAGUCUUCUCGUUUGAAACUUUGAAGCAGAAUUUAAACAACAAGACACGUUUUCCCCACAUAUUUUUUAACAAAAAGGAAAAAAAAAAGAGACAAAAAAAAAGAAAGAAAGAAGAAAGAAAGAACAUCUCAUCAGGAAACUGGUUUUGGGUGGCAGCCGCUGUAGUGUUUUUUUCCUCCCGCGCGGAUAGCAAAAUGGAAUAGUGCACAUUGAUCCAUAGCUUUAAGUGACCGUCCGGGGCCUUGGCGGGCCAGCCGGGGGUCUGUUUGAUACACUCCAUUCUAGGCCAAAUCAGGACAAACAGACAAAGAACGGAAGAAGGAGAUCCGAAUCUAGAAUCUAGGUAUUUUAUGAUCUGCUUUUAACCUCUUACCACAGAGCACGCUGACCAGACCUCAUAUGGCGGAGAGCUAGGAGACAAGUCAGAACUGUAGCUCAGACUAGACUCCUCACCCCAAGGUGGCCGGCCUGGGGUAGGGGCAGCCCUCUGCAGAUGCCAGCCUCACCUCACACCACUCCCCCCCCCAACCAGGCGCCUGAUGGACUGAGCCCCACCAGGGGCCCCUGCCGCUGCCUGGGCCUGGGCAUAGAAUCUCUCAUCUCGACACCUCAAGCACUGAUGGACUGUGGACACCCACACCCCCCAGGCGGGAGGGGGGCCAGGAAAGCUUCCUCUGUGGCCCCCCACCCUCCAGGAAGAGAGAGAUUGAGACAGUCUGCCCUCCACUCCCAACCCCGUAGCAACGGCCAAACCCCACACCAAAACACCGGCGCUCUCCACUUCCAGUCCAGACCAUUGGCCCUGCGUUCGUUUUUUUGGAUUUUAUUAUUAUUAUUAUAAUUAUUAUUCUUAAUAUUAACCACAAACCACCCCUGCCCCACCCCCGCCUCGCGGACCGUUCUCUGCACAGUCUAGGGCAGGCAGUCUCAAAGUACGAAUCAAGACUCUAACUUGUCUCAGACCCCUCCCGUCGUCCGAUGCGUGUGUGCGUGAACCCAGAGAGUGCGUGCAUGUGUGCGGUUUUAUACGUCUGUGCGUCUGCUCAAGUGCACAUGGGUGCACUGCUGCCACCUUUUCUCAGUAAGCUGUUUUCUAAGUUAAGGCUUCUACAAAUCUGCUAACUUAGACGUCCUUUAUUGCCAUAUCUUUAAACUAACAAUAGAUGAUUUCGGAAUAUAUAUAUAUUUUUUUUGCUUAUUUAUAGGUGCUGUAUUUUAUUAUCUGAUUGUUAGGAAGGGAUGAAAAGGGGCAAAUCUUCUCUAGAAGGAUAGGCUGCCGGCAGUAUUGGGGUUGGUUGACAGGCCACAGAGCCCUGCUGUCCAUUACUGACUGUCAUGUAUCAAGGAAACUUUGUCCUAAGUCAGCAUUUUUUUGGAUGACAUUUAAAUGGUGAAUUCGGUAUUCCUUAAGUUGAAUUCAUAUGGCCUUCCUUUUUUUCUUUGCUUUUUCCUUUUCCGCUGGGGAGGCCAGGAGGGAGUCACGUGAGAGGCUUUGCCCCUGCUGGGAGUGAGUCUUGUAUUGAUGAACCGGUAGGACUUGGACCAUACGUAAGACAUGAGACCACGUUCCUCGAGUGACGUCCCUUGGACUCCCCGUCUCUCCUUUCCAGUCUUUGGGCCGGUGGCUGCAGCGCCUCGUUCAAGGUCUCACCGACGUCAAGAAUUACUACACUAAAGACAUUGCCUUGUCCUGAGUGAGAAGGUUGCAGAAGGCUUUAGGAGGCUGGGUGGAAA